AACCCAAAAAAACAAAUGUCGAGUUUACAGUUUUUUUUUGAUUCGGUCGUCAAUUUUACGCGGGUUUAUGGAAUUGUAAUUGUAUCCUAAUAUAAAUAUUCCGCAAAAGUAUAUCUUUCAUGUAAAUGAACUAAAACAUGGAGUUAUCCCGUGGAAUAUGUAUUCUAUGCGUUAGUAACACGAAGAUAGUGAGUCCGCCUCAAGCCCAGGAAAUCACUUCAUUAAUUAAAGAUGUGUUAUUUGGUCUGAUAGACCUUGUUAAAUUUGAUGAACUUAAUUCUGGUCUAAAAGUAUGCCCCAGUUGUCUGCACGAUAUAGUAACUUUAUCGAAAUUAAAAUCUAAUAUUACCGAAGAAUUUUUUGGACACAAUGAGAAGUGUUCUCUAUGUUUAAGAGAUGAACAUUUAGUUGCUGUUUCGCACUGGGACCAUUUUGAUAAUAUUUUGGGGAAUAUUACACUGGUUAAAAAAAUAUCUAAAUGUAGUGUCUGUCUCGACUGCAUUAAGUAUUUAUAUUUGACAGAUAGAAUUAAACUAAAUUUAAUAAAGAAAUACCCUCACCUUGAUAUUUCUGACCAUCAAAAAAUUAAAGACAAACUCAGUAGGUCUCCCUCAAAAUCUAAAUCUCCUCCAAGCUCUACUUCAAAUGCAAAAAGCAAAUCUAAGAAAAUUUCAAAACGUCCAGUUAAAGUGAAAACGUCAAGAGACAUUAAGAGACUGUUAAAACAUUUAAAACCUUUAAAUAAAACUAGGUUUGAUGUGAGCAACUUUAAAGCGGACAGAAAGCUGUAUAAUCAAGUUGCCUUUGUCAGAAUCGAAGUACCAAAGAAUCUUAGUCGUAAUAGUGAGCCUACUGUUGCUCAUGAAAAAAAUAAACUGAAGAUAAAGAAAUCUACUGAAAGUUAUGUGAUUGAGAAACCGGAUGAAUCGAGACAUAACUUUUUUAAAAUUAAGCUUAAACCAACGAAGAAGGCAACAAACGCAAAAGUAAGUACGCCACAUUCCUCGAACGAUUCGUUACAGAGCGAUCAAAAAAAGCUAUAUGUUAAACUGUUAAAAAUGGACUUAUAUGCAACUACAAAUGUAAAUGAGUGUAACAGAGAUAUUAGUUCAACAAAUAUUAGUAAUGAAAUAGACACUAACGAUAACGAAGCUAGUUAUAGUCCUAAAACUUCACUACGUUCUACACCGACGAAAGCAAGUCAAAAGAUGUUUGACGAUGAACCAUCCUCCAGUAAAUCCCGGAAAACCGUCAGUUUUUCCGACGUGUUGAGCGUCGAAGUUAAAGCAGAGAAGAAGCACAACAUCAACGGAAGUCCGUUGAAAUCGUUAUUAAAAAAAUCGUCAACCUUAAAUACCAAUCUAUAUUCAGAUUCAAACUGUGAAAACGACGAUAUUCAAUCGUCGUCUCAAGCAGCUGAAGAAAAUAACGUUAGUAUUAGGACAUCAUUUGACUCCGACGAUGAAGAUGAAGCUACAGAGUCUGUAAGUGCCUUGAUCAAUAAAAUAACUCAUGACAAAUAUAACGACGACUCGAGCACUCUUCCAAAUGAUAUCAAGAACUUGGAUAAAACUGAAAAGACUCCAAGUGUCAGGUCUGAAUUAUCAGACGACUCAAAUCGUGAUCAAGAAUUAAAUGAAAAUACCGAUUUCUUCACUUUGGAGGUUUCAGAAAAUGAAUCUGAUAAAGAUCUUGAAGAGGGUCCAGUCUCUUCAACGACAGACUCUGAAAAAAAAUCUUUAAACGAAACUGAAAAAGCUCAGAGUAACCUUGAAGAAAGUGAUGUAGAUAAGAGCAGUAAAAAUGAUACAAGUGUUGAUAAACAAUGUGAUAGUGCUGAUAGUAACAUAGUUGAGGAGGAAAGUACUGAUGAGGUUAGUAAGAAAAAGCAAAGAAAUGAUAGUGAGAAUGAUUCUGCCCUUAAGGAAACUGAUGUAGAUAAAAGCAGGGAAAACCAUACAAGUGUUGAUAAACAUUGUGACAGUACUGAUAGUAACGUAGUUGAGGAGGAAAGUACUGACGAAGUUAGAAAGAAAAAGCAAAAAGAUGAUAGUGAUAAUGAGUCUACCCUUAAAGAAACUGAGGUAGAUAAAAUCAACGAAAACGAUACAAGUGUUGAUAAACAUUUUGAUAAUACUGAUAGUAAUGCAGUUGAGGAGGAAAGUAUUGAAGAAGUUAGUAAGAAAAGGCACAGAGAUGACAGUGAAAGUGAGUCAGCUCCAGAAGAACAUAAACAGAAAAAAAUCAAAUUAAAUGAAAAAAAUCAUAAUACUGACUGUAGUUCAGAGGAACCAAAGAAUCUAGAUGAAAGUAACAUUAUAGACCUGUUUGUCUCGGAAUAUGAGGUGAAUAAUGAAGCAACCAAGGACCAGUUAGAUCCAUUAGAUACUUCAGAAAAACUUCCAGCGGACGGUAGUGAUGAAACCAGUCACACGGAUGAUAAUGAAGAUAAUUUAAAUUCAACGUUGGAAAGUAAUGGAGACAAAUCGAUUACAUUAAACGAAUUGAACAGAAGCAAUAGCAGUAAUUUGGAGUCAAACGACCCGGUGGAGGUCUUAAAGCAAACAAAUAUGGAAAUUAGUAGUCAAAAAGACGGUGAUCUCCUUCCUGAGAAUAGUACAGAAAUCUGUGGGGAAAGUAUUAAUAAUAUUUUGACUGAUCCCGAUACUGUUUCAGAUGUGACAAAUUCAGAGCUGAAUGAAGGAAUUAGUACAAACGAUCUUGUUCUUAACGAAUUGGAAAACAUUGAAAAUAAACGUAGAGGAACUCAAAAUGAAAACAAAAUCGGGUUGUUAGAAAUACAAAAUAUAAAAAUGGAAAAAAAAGAAUUUUGAAAUUAUGCCAAUACAUACCAAAUGCAUUGAUAUAUAUAUAUAUAUAUAUAUAUAUAUAUAUAUAUAUUUGUUAUGUUAGUGAGUUAAAUUGUUUAUUUUUUUAAUGUGUUAUACCCUUGAUUAAGGAAAGGGUUAUACUCUGUUAUACUGUUCAGAAAAUAUUUUUUGUUUUAAUGGAAAUUUAAGUUGAAGUUUAUUUGAAAUUUUAAAUUUUGUAUUGUUACAAUGCCUCUUUUUGGAUGGCUAAUUUAAUUUUUUCAAAAUUAAACUAAUAAAGUGUAAAAAAAUUAUACAAAAUGCAUAUAUCUACCUACUAUUUAUAAAAGAACAUGUAUUUUUAGUUUUUGAAAUAAAGCUAUAAACAUGAACUGAAAUUUCAUUAAUUUUUGAAAACGUCUUCUAUUAACGUUAAACGUUAAAAAGAACAACGUAGUUUUAUAUUUAAUUGUUGAAAAUGAUAGGCACACAGCUUAAAGCAGUAUGUUUUAAUUUAUAUGAUAUGCAUUAUUGACAGUUGCAUGAAAUAAAUAACGUCACAUAUUCUGCAUUGUAGUGAUGUGCUUGCUUCAAUGUUAUUUCCACCUCACUUAUUUUAACCUUUCUCUAUGUAUACAGGAGUUGGCAACCCUGUACGGGAUAAUCGAAUACGUAGGCUCCUCUUCUUUCUUUUUGUGUCUCUGUCGACCUUGUUAAGUCAGUUACUUUUAUCUUUGUUUUAGUUCCAAGAUGCCCAAGCCUAUACAGGCAUUGUAAUUUUAAAUUAGACUGAAUCAAGAUUUGAUAAUAAUAAUUAUACUCAUUUCUCAUCAUUAUAUAAAUUAUAGUACAGUAAAACUGUACAAAAUGUAAAAUUAGUCUGUCCAACAACUCAGGAAAGAUUUCGACAGACCACAUAAAAAUGACAGGAAAUACAAUUUACCAGUGAAUUAAUAAAAAAAAAAUUGUGAAUUUCUGGAUAGUGUCUGUCAAAGUCAUCUCUUCUCUCGUUGGACAGACGUUACUAAUUCAUAAUCAGUGACAUACCUUUACAGGGUGUCAUUGAAAUGGUGUAAAA